AUGGCUCACGCGUGUCUUAUGAGGUCUGCGUCUAACAUACUGAUGAAAACGAACACUUGGCAAGACGUAGAACCUGCUGUACGAGCAGCAAGACACGCUCGACAGACACAAGACAUCACACAUGCCGUGGAACUGUAUUUACAACUGGUAGCUGAUAAACCAAACUAUCCUCAUUAUUGGCGUGAACUGUCAACUUGCUUGAAAGACAUACAUAGAGACUGGGCCGUUGUUUGUCUAAACAAAGCUGUUGUACUUGACCCUCGAAGUUCUUUAACGCUCCUAUCUAAAGGUGCCAUGUUGUUUGAAGAGGAUCCCGCAACAGCCGAGCCCUUCUUUUUCGCCCUUCUAAAAUUAAAUCCAAACUGGGCCACCGCCUGGGCCUGCGCCAGCGUUUACUUCUACGAACGUGAGCUAUACCAUCUGGCAGAUACAAUCAUGCAAUAUGCUGAAACGUUACGUAAAGAACAACAUCCAGAGGCAAGGAACUAUUCGCGUUCAUGGGAACGAGAGCUGGGAGACUGGUGGGACAGCACGCCGCUACUGCCAGGGAUGAGCCUGUACUAUGAAGCAGCUGACCUUUUGCUCAGGUUGAGAGCUAUGCCUUUGGCAGAAGCGUGUCUGGCUCGCUUGCUGUCGGUGACGGGGGAAACUACUGCGUACUAUCAUCUAGUUGCCCUGUGCUGUCGUCUGCGAGGACAGUAUAAGGAAGCCAUCUGCCAUCUAACUGUCGGUCUUGACAAAUUCGGAGAGGUUGGCAAACGAGCAAUUGGAUUACCUGAUGGUAGGAAAUUGCGCCUCCUAUGGACAUCCGUAACACCAGAAGAGAUACGAAUUAAUUACCUGAGGAGUCUCGAAGCUGAAUGCCAACAUAGGCUCGGUAAUGCCGAAACUGCCACUGCAUCAUACGCAAAAGUCGGCACCUGCGUUAGUUCCUUCAGUAUUCUGAUGUCCCUGUCGAGUGGAGAUAAUACGAAAACACGAAGUAUUCUAAUGGAACUUAUACGACGUCAAGCCAGCGCAUACGCUUGGACUGCACUCGCUGAUGACUGGAUGAGAACGCACAUCACUAAUCCCGAAGAAGAAGUUAAAGAAGGUGUAAAGAACACAGAGGAAAUGAAUGCUAAAGAAUGUGCCAUUGCCUGUGCCGUCCAGGCGCUCAAAAUAGACAGACGAGCGGGCCGAGCCUGGGCGAUCCUGGGCAAACUAGUCAAGCCUAGUGCCAGACGUCUACACUGCCUCCAAAUGGCCAAUUCUGUCGCCGGCAGCCCUCCAACUUGGAACGGCACGUUCACAGCAACCCGUGGAAACGUAGCUUGUUACCAAUACUUCUCUACUAUAAGAAAACCCAUCGGUCAAGAAGAUUGUUUAGUACUCAACAUUUAUACUCCACCAUCGCGUUCGAGUGAACUAUAUUCUGUGAUAGUUUUUAUCCAUGGAGGUGGAUUCUCCUCUGGUAGCAACUCUAAGCUCAUCUAUAAUCCCCAAUUCUUAGUAAAAGAUAAUGUUAUCGUUGUUACCAUCAACUAUCGUAUUGGGGCGUUCGGAUUUUUAUGUUUAGGUAUUAAAGAAGCCCCAGGAAACAUCGGCCUCAAAGACCAAUUGGCUGCUCUAAAAUGGAUCCAAAAUAAUAUCGCGUACUUCGGUGGUAAUCCCAAUUCUGUCACAAUAUUUGGUGAAAGUGCCGGAGCAGUUUCUGUUCAUUAUUUAGUUCUUACAAAUUCUGCCGAAGGAUUAUUUCAUAGAGCUAUUAUGGAUAGUGGAUCAGUUCUGAUGCCCCAAGAUUUCAAAUACAAUCCUAUUGAAUCAGCAUCUAUAGUAGCUACGCGAUUAGGCUACAAAACUUCAGAUCCUAAAGAAUUACUGCAAAUAUUUAGAAAUUCAACUGCAUCAGACAUAGUGGAAGCUUCGUAUGCAGAUCAGACUAAUGACGCAUUUUCGGUGUACUACUUUACACCGUGUGUGGAGACUGUAGUUUCUAAUGAAACAGAACCUUUUAUAACAGAAGAACCAACAAAAAUAAUUAAGAGGGAAUAUCUCAACGUUUCAGCUAUUAUUGGAGUUAAUAACCGAGAAGGUAUUUACUGGGCACAAAAUUACAAUUACCAAACGAUUGAACAAGUCAGAGCUGCUUUCGGUAGUCUAAUACCUAACUACUUACUGUUUGAAUCUGAUGUUGAUAGAACAAAUUUUGUAGAUUAUGCUAUAAGUUUAUACUUUAGUAACAGAACAGUAACAGACGGCUUAAUAGAAUACUUUACUGAUUCUCUGGAUACCUUCAACUUCAACAACUACGUGGGCUCCAAGUGGGCAGCAAUUGAAAUUCCUUGA